AUGUGGAAGAAAAACAUCACUUAUAUUAGUGAGUUCAUCCUGCUGGGUUUCCCUACUUCACUUUGGGUUCAAGUUCUGCUCUUCUUCCUCUUCCUCAUCACCUACUUGUUUGUGCUGUUGGAGAAUUUCGUCAUCAUCAUCACUGUAUGGGUCACUGGGUCUCUGCACAAGCCCAUGUACUAUUUUCUGGGUACUAUGUCCUUUCUGGAGACCUGGUAUAUAUCUGUCACAGUCCCCAAGAUGCUGGCUGGAUUCCUACUUUGUCCCAAUACCAUAUCCUUUCUGGGAUGCAUGACCCAGCUCUAUUUAUUCAUCUCACUUGCUUCUACUGAAUGUGUGCUGUUGGCUACCAUGGCCUAUGACCGUUUUGUGGCCAUACGUUGGCCUCUUCAAUAUCCAGUCCUGAUGACCACAGGAUUUUGUGUUCAACUAAUCAUAAGUUCUUGGGUGAGUGGCUUCACCAUUUCCAUGGUAAAGGUAUACUUCAUCUCCCAAGUUGCCUUUUGUGAUAAUAAUAUCUUGAACCAUUUUUUCUGUGAUGUGUCCCCCAUCCUCAAUCUGGCCUGUGUGGACUUUUCUAUGGCUGAGAUGGUAGACUUUGUGCUAGCUAUAGUCAUCCUUGUGUUUCCUCUCUCAGCCACUGUCAUUUCUUAUGCCUUCAUUUUAUCUACCAUCCUGCACAUUCCCUCAGCCAAUGGACAGCGAAAGGCCUUCUCCACCUGUGCCUCUCACCUUACAGUGGUGGUCAUCUUCUACACAGCUGUGAUCUUCGUGUAUGUUAGACCUCGGGCCAUUGCUUCAUUCAAUUCUAACAAAUUGAUCUCAGCCAUAUAUACAGUCUUCACUCCCAUGCUCAACCCUAUCAUCUACUGCCUGAGGAACAAGGAGGUCAAAGAUGCCAUCAGGAAAACCAUGGCAACUGGUCAAGGCCUUUUCUUGAGAGAUUAUCUUUGCUGA